AGCUCACCUGGGAGACUAGCUGAGGAAGCUGAGCCUGGCUGCGGCCUCGCCCGGCAACGCGGGAGGCCCGGCGGGAGGCUGGAGGCGGCGGCGGAGGAGCCCGGCCAGCGCAAGUGUAGCCACCGCCACCUGGGUCGCCGCCGCCGCUACCUGCACCUGGCGCCCAGUCUGCGGCCAGCGCCCGGCGGACGCCACUGCCCGCCCUGCCCUGCCCUGCCCACCUGCCAGGUAUUACUAUUUAAUGACACCAUCUUGCCAGCAAAUCUAUGAUAAAAAGUAUAAGUAACAAAGGAAAUCACAACUGUUAUUUGUCAAGUAACAAGCAUUUAAUGACAGAAUGGCUCACCUAAAGCGACUAGUAAAAUUGCACAUUAAAAGACAUUACCAUAAAAAGUUCUGGAAGCUUGGUACAGUAAUCUUUUUCUUUUUAGUCGUUUUGAUUUUAAUGCAAAGAGAAGUGAGUGUCCAAUAUUCCAAUGAAGAAUCAAAAAUGGAAAAGAGCAUGAAAAACAAAAACAAAAUGUUUGAUUUAAUGCUGGAAGCUGUAAACAAUAUUAAAGAUGCAAUGCCAAAAAUGCAAAUAGGAGCACCUGUCAGGCAGAACAUUGAUGUCCAUGAGAGACCCUGUUUGCAAGGGUACUACACAGCAGCGGAAUUAAAACCCGUUCUUGACCGCCCACCUCAGGAUUCAAAUGCACCUGGUGCUUCUGGCAAGCCGUUCAAGACCUCCAACUUGAGCAUAGAAGAGCAAAAAGAGAAAGAACGCGGGGAAACAAAACACUGUUUCAAUGCUUUUGCAAGUGAUAGGAUUUCUUUACACCGCGAUCUAGGACCUGACACUCGACCACCCGAAUGUAUUGAGCAAAAAUUUAAGCGCUGCCCUCCCCUGCCUACCACCAGUGUCAUAAUAGUCUUUCAUAAUGAAGCGUGGUCCACGCUGCUUAGAACUGUCCACAGCGUGCUCUAUUCUUCACCUGCAAUACUGCUGAAGGAAAUCAUUUUGGUGGAUGAUGCUAGUGCAGAUGACUACUUGCAUGGAAAACUAGAGGAAUAUAUAAAACAAUUUUCUAUAGUAAAAAUAGUCAGACAAAAAGAACGAAAGGGUCUCAUCACUGCGCGGUUGCUUGGGGCAUCAGUAGCCACUGCCGAGACGCUCACAUUUUUAGAUGCCCACUGCGAGUGUUUCUAUGGUUGGUUGGAACCUUUGCUGGCCAGAAUAGCGGAGAAUUACACUGCGGUGGUGAGUCCAGAUAUUGCAUCCAUAGAUCUGAAUACAUUUGAGUUCAACAAGCCUUCUCCAUAUGGAAACAACCAUAACCGUGGAAAUUUUGACUGGAGCCUUUCAUUUGGCUGGGAAUCGCUUCCCGAUCAUGAGAAACAAAGAAGGAAAGAUGAAACCUACCCAAUUAAAACACCCACAUUUGCAGGUGGCCUUUUUUCUAUAUCAAAAGAAUAUUUUGAGCAUAUUGGAAGUUAUGAUGAAGAAAUGGAAAUCUGGGGAGGUGAAAAUAUAGAAAUGUCAUUCAGAGUAUGGCAAUGUGGUGGGCAGUUGGAGAUUACGCCUUGCUCUGUUGUUGGACAUGUUUUCCGCAGCAAAAGCCCUCAUAGCUUUCCAAAAGGCACGCAGGUGAUUGCGCGCAACCAAGUUCGCCUUGCAGAAGUCUGGAUGGAUGAAUACAAGGAAAUAUUCUAUAGGAGAAACUCAGAAGCAGCAAAAAUUGUUAAACAAAAAUCAUUUGGUGAUCUUUCAAAAAGAUUUGACAUUAAAAAACGCCUUCAAUGUAAAAAUUUCACAUGGUACCUGAACACUGUUUAUCCCGAAGUAUAUGUGCCAGACCUUAAUCCUGUUAUAUCUGGAUAUAUUAAGAGUGUUGGUCAGCCACUAUGUUUGGAUGUUGGUGAAAAUAACCAGGGAGGCAAGCCACUGAUUCUGUAUACAUGCCAUGGCCUCGGGGGAAACCAGUACUUUGAAUAUUCUGUUCAACAUGAGAUCCGGCACAACAUCCAGAAGGAACUAUGUCUUCAUGCUACUCAAAAUCUGGUCCAGCUGAAGGCAUGUGUCUAUAAAGGGCACAGGACAGUUGCCCCUGGAGAACAGAUAUGGGAGAUUCAGAAGGACCAACUUCUAUAUAAUCCACUCUUUAAAAUGUGCCUUUCUGCGAAUGGAGAGCAUCCAAGCUUAGUGUCAUGCAAUCCAACAGAUCUACUUCAAAAAUGGAUUUUUAGCCAAAACAAUUAAGUGUUCCUUAAAAUUAAGGAAUUGAAAAGGAGAUAUUCUUCCUCAUAAAACUGUGACUAGGCGUACACUGUAGUUGUUGAAAAUUAUGCAAAAGCAGCUAAUUAUAACUUAUUCCAAGUGCAUUUUCCUUAUUUAUGUCUUAAAAUGUCUAUGUAGUGCUGCUGCAGGAAUUCCAUAGGUUUCUGUUUCAAAGCACAAUAACUAGAAAUACCAAAGACUCUUCUGAAAUGUCCAGAGGUAGGGGAGAGAUGUUUACAGUAUGAAGAAAAUAAUUCUCCUAGUAAAGUGAUGUAUGUUUUAUACACUUGAGGAUAUGCAUAUCUACAUGCACACAUUCACAAUUUAAAAUAUUUCCCCUCAUUUGGGGGGUGACUAGAGAAAGAUUUGAUACUGUAUUUUUUUAACUCUAUAUAAGUGGAUCAGUGAAGGUCAGACAUGGGCCUUUCUGUACAAUCCAGGAAAUUUUAUAGAUCUAGAAUUUGUUCUUUUAAAAUGCUGGCAAACUUUUAUUGUCUUUGUUUACUUGUCAGUCAAAUAUUUCCUUAAACAUGAAGUUGAAUAAGGAGAGGAAUAUUUUUAACACUUAAAUUUUUGCAAAAUUUAAAAAUAUUUUUUAGUGUGAUGUGCACUCCACUGAUGAACAUGUCUUCCCGAAACAGCUUUUCUUAAGUGACCAUACUGUGUUUUCCAAGAGUAAUUUUUAAAAAUCUUUCUUUAUGUUAUUAGCUGUUAAUAAGGGUUCCUUUUUCUUUCUUCUAGUCUUAUUUUCUUAGAAAAACUCACUAAUCUUGAAUAUUUAUGAUACUGAAUUUCAAAUGCAGUAUACUUGACUCAAUGCUAAAUUUUGUUAUUGAUUAUAUAGAAGUCUUUGUAAUGGAUUUUUUUCAUCAAAAAGAAAGCCUUAUUUUUAUCUGUGUGGAAAACACAAUAAAAAGAACUGUAAACACUAUUG